CAUCACUCAUCUCACCCCAACUCAAUCUAAUUCAAAAAAACAUCCUUACACUAUAUUGUUGCUAAGUUUUGUACCAUAAAUAUCAUAAAUAAUGGCUGAUUACAUGCAGCAUGGAGGGCAAGUAACCCACCGUGGCCAGCAACAACACACCACUCAUCCAGGGCAGCAACCACGGGCCCACCAGAUGGUGAAGGCGGCAACCGCCAUCACCGCUGGUGGAUCCCUCCUAGUCCUUUCAGCGUUAACCCUAGCAGGGACCGUAAUCGCCUUGACUAUCGCUACGCCGUUGUUGGUUAUCUUCAGUCCGGUGCUGGUCCCCGCGGCGAUUACUGUGGUGUUGCUGAUCAGUGGCUUUUUGGCUUCGGGUGGGUUCGGGGUGGCAGCUGUGUCGGUAUUGGCUUGGAUUUAUCGGUACGUGACGGGACGCCACCCGCCGGGAGCGGAUCAGCUGGAUCAAGCAAGAAUGAAGUUAGCAGGAAAGACAAGGGAGGCUAGGGAGAAAGGGGAGCAUUAUACUCAGCAGACAACUGGGGGUACUCAUCAGCAGAGUACUUGAGAAAUUUGUAUGAGAAAAUAUAUAUAGUAAAGAUGGUGUUAUGUGUUGUAUUGCAUUUGCAUGCAUGCAACUGAAAAUCUGUGAUGGAAUAACUUUGAUGCUAGUAAAUGGACAAGGAAAUGGUCAAGGGUUUUGGGGUUUAUAAGAUGUGGUGGAGUUUGUAAUUGUUUUUUUUUCCCUUUUUUGAAAUUUCUCUUUUAAUUUGGUUAAUUUUUGUUGUGUUCUUUAAUCUUAAUAUAUUCUGUGCAUUUUAUA